CCAGCUACAGUUACAAUUGCAUGCCACCUUCAGGGGGCGCCGUCAGCUGAACCACUAAUUAACAAACGCAGCCUCCGAGGGGGUCACGACAGCAAGAGCGUGCGCUAAUUUACUUCCUCGCUGCCAGUUGAUUACACCCCCGCGACGAUUCCUGCCAACAUGGCCGCCAGGGAGGCUACAGGGCGGCGGCGGACGUUUUCCACAAGUUCUCGUCGUGGUUUUUGCUUCAGUAACUGGAAAGGGAAGGGAAAAAAACCUUGGGAUAAUUUCCAAACCAAAAAAGUCAAUUUUAUAGCAAAGUUAAGAUGGCCAACGCACAAAUGAUCCCAUCAUUGAAUUAUCUGAACGCAAACGUCUGACGGCCAUUUUCUAUUUUUUAUGCUGGACGGUGUGCCUAAUAAAACAUUUUGUAAUAAAAACACUAGCAUAGUAGUCACGGGACAACUGCGCAUGACUUGUGAGCGCUAGGUACUUCUGAAGACUUCGAAUUAAAAAGCUAAAAGGCGACAGUUAAACCUUAUAUGUACUUACAGUAGUUCAAUCUAUAUUGGUAUAGAUGUACUGUAUAAUUUUACAUUAUGCAAAUAAGUCACGUGAACUUUUUAUUUACCUACUUCACUUCCGCUUUGCGACAUUUCCGCUAACUUGACGAGCGAAAGUCCAUCACAGUUCAACUUUAUAUACACGUCUGUGCAAACCUUUUACGCCAUGCCUUCGCUCAGGUUCUGCGCCAACCUAAGCUGGCUCUUCACCGAGCUGCCUGACGUCAGCCAGCGGAUGUACGCUGCCGCCGCGGCCGGAUUCCAGGCGGUAGAGGCGGCCUGGCUGUACGACUCGGAUCCGCAGGAGCUCCGGAGAGUCCGGGAGGCGACGGGACUGGAGGUGGUUCUGAUCAACACUCCGCCCGGUGACCUCAGUGGGGGAGAUCUGGGUCUGGGGGCGGUUCCAGGAAGAGAGGCAGAGUUUAAACAAGGAUUGGCUCAGGCCCUCAAGUUGGCAAAAGCAUUGGACUGCAAAAGGAUCCACCUGAUGGCCGGCAAAAUUCCCACAGGGGUGCACAGAGACGAUAUCGCCAAGGAGAUGGAGACCAUCUUUGUCCAGAACCUCACCUACGCUGCUGAGCUCCUCUCCAAGGAUGGAAUCGUAGGCUUGAUCGAGCCCAUCAACACACGGCAGACUGAGCCCAAGUAUUUCCUGGACUCGCCCCAUCAAGCCGCUGCUAUCCUGCAGAAGGUCGGAAAGGCAAAUAUCCAACUGCAAAUGGAUGUUUUUCAUUGGCAAAUCAUGGAUGGCAACCUGACACAUAACAUGCGGAAGUAUUUACCACUGAUUGGUCACAUUCAAGUGGCUCAGGUUCCGGGCAGGAACGAGCCAGACAGCCCUGGAGAGCUUAACUACGACUACAUCUUUACCACGCUGGAGGAGCUGGGCUACCAGGGUUACGUGGGCUGCGAGUACAAGCCACGAGGAAGCACACAGGAGGGUUUGGGUUGGCUGAAGGAUUACUGGACCAAACGGAAGUGACGUCACAGCAUUUUUAACAAUAAUGAAUGAAAUCAAAAUGUCACGGUUAAACUUUUUGGAAAGAACCAAAAAGUUUAUUUUGUGUGAUUUAUUGGCCUGUAUAUACACGCUAUGUAGGACAAUGUACAAUGUUCAUUUCCGCACCUGUCACAUGAUCUCCAGUGUUUGACAUCCUAAUGUGAGCGUCACACAAAUGUGACCAUUGUCCUUAAGUUUGUUUGCCUCCCUGCGCUUCAUCAAUCACGUGGCAAAGUUGGGGAGUUAAAAGUCCAUUUGAAAAAACUUUAAAAAAAGGCACUUGAGGUCACAUGACGCAUGCAACAGGUUUGACAAGCCUGGGAAUCAAAUCUGAGACCAAACACCGAUGUGGUAUUUCACAAGGCACCAGUAAAGUGUUCCAUUUCA